CAAAAACGAGAAAGCACAGAACGGAGCCACGCAUCCCGAUUCUGGUUGGAAAACGCAACUCGAAAGCAAAAGCGAAUUCUAUGUACCUUGGUAAAUUCUAAUUCUCUAUGAAAAUUCUAAUUCUCUAUGACGAGUGGUUAAGGAAAGGCGUAGGAAAGGACUAUUCGGAGAUUUCGGCAAAAGCAAAAUAUUUGAAAAGUGAAGACGUUUUAUAUCCAUAUCAUUUUUUUCCUUGCUCGGGUUGAUUCCACUUGGCGACUGAAUAGAUACAAAAA